AUGUCAAAUGAGGAGAGCAAGUCUCACUCAUAUGUUCCGAGCAAGCAGCUUGAACAGUCGACGCUGGAGAGCCGAGAUCCGGCUCUGCUGGAGAAGAAUGAUGAUGAAGAAGCAGCUGUCGGCCCGCCGCCCUUAUCCAAAGCAGCCAAGGUAGCGUUAGUGGCCACGCUGGCAUGUGCAGGCUUUCUCAAUAUAGCCUCUGUACAGUCUUCAGUGAUUCUGCUCCCGGACAUUAGUAGGCAUCUCGACAUUCCCCCAGGGCGACAGCAAUGGGUCACAUCAGCAUACAAUAUCGCCCUUGGCUGUGCCCUGAUGUUCUGGGGCCGCGUGGCUGAUAUCUACGGGCGUCGCCGCGUCUUCCUGGCCGGUAUGGCAUGCAUCGUGGUUGUGACGGUGGCGAUACCAUUCUCACCCAACGAGGUCGGCUUCGACAUCUUGAGAGCGCUCCAAGGUCUGGGGGCUUCGGCAACCACCCCGUCUGCUGUCGGGAUACUUGGAUCGACGCUCCCGGCAGGAAAACAGAAGAACUACGGAUUCAUCACCUACACAGCAGCGAGCUCUCUGGGCUCGGUUCUGGGCAACAUCCUCGGCGGCCUCAUUGGGAGUUUCCUCACUUGGAAGUGGAUGUUCUGGAUCACGGCCAUCUUCGCUGCCGGCGUUGGUGUGGCUGCACUGUUCGUGAUCCCUCGCACCGCACGUACAGGGGAUGCGGGCAAGAACAAACAAAAUCUUGACGUCGUUGGCGCAGUCAUGAUCACGACAGCCUUGGUCCUGCUUCUCUUUGUUCUCUCCGAAGGCAACACAGUCGGUUGGGGAACCGCUUGGAUCCCGGUUGUUCUGGUGGUCUCGCUCAUACUGAUCAUCAUGUUUGGGUUCUGGCAGUGGCAUCUCGAGAGGAAAAGAAGUCCCACUCCUCACAUGCCGCUGGUCAGGGUGUCGUUAUUCAAACGGGGACAGUUCACGGCGGCAUUCGUCGUCAUCAUGACCUACUUUUCCUCCUUUAAUAGUUAUUUGGUGUUUGCCACGUUCUUCUAUCAGGACUACCUAGGACUCAGCGCUCUGGCGACGACGCUUCGCUUCCUCCCGACCGGCAUUGCAGGAUUCCUCAUUUGCUUCGUGACAGCCCGACUGAUACAUAUCACGCCGGGCUUCUACCUCUUACUAUUCGCCUCAUGCUGUGGCAUCAUCUCGCCCCUCCUCUUCGCCGUUCCUAUCCCUCCAUCGACAACUUACUGGGCUUAUGGCUUCCCCGCGAUGUGUCUCUGUAUCAGCACCGAUAUCCUCGCACCGACAAUCAACCUCUUCAUCAUCCGUCAACUCCCACCAGCCGACCAGGCUCUUGGGGGUGCUCUGAUCCAGACGUCAAAUCAAUUGGGACGAGCCAUUGGCCUGGCCAUUUCGACGGCGGUGAAAACUGCUAUUGUGAAAGACCAUGAUCGGGUGGGUGAUGCUUUGUUACUGCGAGGCAUCCGGGCGGGCGAAUGGGUCAAUGUCGGUAUGGCUGCGUUAUCCUGUUCCAUCAUCCUCCUUGUCUUUCGCGGUUUGAAAGAAGUCGGCGGGGCACUCAUUCAGAAGUAA